AUGGGAUCCCGACCGGAGCUCAAAGUCGACGAUGAGACAGGCUUCGUCAAGGCCUUCCAUCAAUUGGAAGCCGACAAGCCCACCGACACGAUCCGAAUCUUUGACCGCGGCGAUUUCCUCUCCGCUCACGGCGACGAUGCCGACUUCAUUGCUCGAGUGCAGUACAAGACGACCUCCGUCCUGAAGACAUUAGGCCGAAAUCCUGGUCUGCCAUCCGUGACGAUGACCGUCACUGUCUAUCGCACAUUUCUUCGAGAUGCAAUCUUCCGAUUAGGCAAGCGGGUAGAGGUGUUACAGACUUCUGGCCGAAAUGCGUGGAAAGUGGCGAAGCAGGCCUCUCCAGGAAAUCUUCAGGACAUCGAAGAGGAUCUCGGAGGACAUGUGGAAUCGGCACCGAUUAUCCUCGCGGUGAAGGUCUCUUCCAAGGCAAAUGAGGGCAGGAAUGUCGGAGUGUGCUUUGCGGAUGCCAGCGUGAGAGAGCUAGGAGUGAGCGAGUUUGUGGACAACGAUGUCUACUCAAAUUUCGAGUCGCUCAUCAUUCAACUCGGUGUCAAGGAGUGUUUGAUCCAAAUCGACUCCACGAAGAAGGAUGCCGAGCUGAGCAAGCUUCGCACAAUCGCGGACAACUGCAAUUGUGCGGUAUCGGAGCGACCUUCUGGAGACUUUGCCAACCGCGACAUCGAGCAAGACCUGACGAGAUUGCUUCGGAGUGAAACAUCGAGCGGCACUUUACCUCAGAUGGAUCUCAAAGUCGCCAUGAGCUCUGCUGCCGCACUCAUCAAAUAUCUCGGCAUCAUGUCUGAUCCCAGCAACUUUGGCGAGUACAAGCUGUAUCAACACGAUCUCACCCAGUACAUGAAGCUGGACUCCUCGGCUCUCAAGGCUCUCAAUCUCAUGCCCGGGCCGAGAGACGGCUCAAAGACAAUGAACUUGUAUGGUCUGCUGAACCAUUGCAAGACGCCAGUCGGAAGUCGCCUGCUAGCACAAUGGCUGAAGCAACCAUUGAUGAGUCUUGAGGAUAUUGAGAAGCGUCAGACACUAGUGGAGGCCUUCGUCAACGACACACAGCUGCGACAAACGCUCCAAGAGACACACAUGCGUUCCAUCCCGGACCUAUACCGACUGGCGAAGAAGUUUCAACGCAAGAAGGCGGAUCUGCAAGAUGUGGUUAGAACCUACCAAGUAGCCAUUCGCCUCCCAGGUUUUAUCGAGGCUUUCGAGAAUGCCGCGGACGAAUCGUGCAAACCCGCCCUCGACUCCGAAUAUGCGGACAAGCUCCGCGACUACUCCGGCAGCUUCGAUAAGUUGGUAGAAAUGGUCGAGUCCACGGUCGACCUCGACGCCAUUGACAACCACGAAUACAUCAUCAAGCCUGAGUUCGACGACACACUCCGCAUCAUCCGCCGCAAACUCGACUCGGUCCAGUACAACAUCAACAAAGAACACUCCCGCGUUGGGGACGACCUCUCCCUCGAUACUGAGAAGAAGCUCCUCCUCGAGAACCACCGCAUCCACGGCUGGUGUCUGCGCCUCACCCGCAACGAAGCCAGCGUCAUCCGCAACAAGAAGUCAUACACUGAACUCGCCACACAGAAGAACGGCACCUAUUUCACCACCUCCACACUCUCCGACCUCCGCCGCGAAUUUGAACAACUCAACGAGAACUACACCCGCACACAGACCGGUCUCGUCGCCGAGGUCGUCAACGUUGCUGCAUCCUACUGCCCAGUGAUCGAAAAGCUCGCCGCCGUUCUCGCUCACCUCGACGUCUGUGUCUCUUUCGCUCACGUCUCCGUGCAUGCUCCUAUUGCAUACACCCGCCCGAAGAUCCACCCUCGUGGCACCGGAUCCACGGUACUCAAAGAAGCCCGUCAUCCCUGCCUCGAAAUGCAAGACGACGUCUCGUUUAUCCCGAACGAUGUCUCCAUGACCCGCGAGGACUCCUCCUUCCUCCUCAUCACGGGUCCAAACAUGGGCGGCAAGUCCACCUACAUUCGACAGAUCGGCGUCAUCGCACUGAUGGCACAAGUGGGCUGCUUCGUGCCGUGCGCAGAAGGUGCAGAACUCACACUGUUCGACUGCAUCCUCGCCCGAGUGGGAGCAAGCGACUCCCAGCUAAAGGGUGUCAGUACGUUCAUGGCGGAGAUGCUGGAAACCGCCAACAUCCUCAAAACGGCAACGAGGGAGUCACUCGUCAUCAUCGAUGAACUCGGACGAGGAACAAGCACGUACGAUGGUUUCGGUCUCGCGUGGGCCAUCUCCGAACACAUCAUCAAGGAAAUCGGAUCCUUCACCAUGUUCGCCACGCACUUCCACGAACUCACAGCGCUUAAAGACGAGUACCCGCAAGUCCAGAACCUGCACGUCGUGGCUCAUAUUGGCGACAGUCCCGCUGAGAGCAAUGGCGAUGUGGCGAUGGGUGGCACUGGAGCCGGCAGAGGCGGCGAAGUCACACUGCUUUACAAAGUCGUGCCUGGCAUCAGUGAUCAGUCUUUCGGUAUUCACGUCGCGGAGCUGGUGCGGUUCCCGCGUAAAGUCAUCGAUAUGGCGAAGCGGAAGGCGGAUGAGUUGGAGGACUUCUCCGGCAAUAAUGCCGCUACUGCGGGUGGUGGUGCGGCUGAGGGAGGGAUGAAGAAGGAGGAUGUGGAGGAGGGGAGUCGAUUGCUCAAGGCUGUGUUGAAGAGGUGGAAGGAGGAGGUUGAGAAGGAAGGUUUGGGGAAGGACGAGCAGGUUGUGAGGAUGAGGGAGCUGGUUCAAGGGGAGGAGGGGUUGGUCGGAAGUCAAUGGCUGAAGGGAGUGCUGGCUUUGUGA